AUGACUUUCUCCGCUGCUGAGAAGGCUGCACUUGUGGCCAUUUGGGGUAAAGCCUCCGGAAAUGUGAAUGCGCUUGGUGCUGAAGCUUUGGAAAGGAUGUUUCUGAGCUUCCCUCAGACCAAGACUUAUUUCAACCACUUUGAUCUGAGCCACGGAUCUGCUGAUCUCCAGUCCCAUGGGGGUAAGGUCCUCUCUGCCCUUGGAGAUGCUGCUAAGCAUCUGGACAACUUAGAAGGAGCCCUGUCCAAGCUGAGCGACCUGCAUGCAUACAACCUGAGAGUGGACCCAGGAAACUUCAAGCUGCUCUCUCACUCCAUCCUGGUUGUUCUGGCUGCUCACUUCCCGGCUGACUUUGAUGCAACCGCCCAUGCUGCCUGGGACAAGUUCAUCGCUGCUGUGUCCACUGUUCUUACCUCCAAAUACAGAUAAUCCCAAUGCUUGUAGCUUCUGUCUCUUGUAUGAUGUAAGAGAUGUCA